AUGGGUCGUACUUGCCAGGCCAGCAUCAUGGUCCAGUUCUUCUGGGAAUGUGCAGAUGACUCUGCCGUUCCUGUGAAGAUGAACAUCCAGGCCGAUCACCUGGGACAUGUCAAAGAUGCGCUGGCCAAUGCAGCGAACAAGAAGGUGGAGGAUCUCGGCGUUUUGUACUUCUUCGACACGAGCGUAUCACGUUGGGUUGAGCUCCGCGCUUUAGCGCAACUUGCCAACAAUGCCGACCAGCCAGCGAAGAUUUGCUGCCAUGAGGGACCUUCGCCCGUGCAGCAAGACUUCCCGAAGCCUCGGCUCGUGGUGUUGUCGAGAGACAGCCAGGAGUACAAGUUUGUGGAGGUUGAAAUGCAGAGGUACAUGUUCAAAGAACGGUGCAACCUGGAGAUCGAUUUCAUUGAGCGAGUGGAGAACGUCCCGCUGACGACAAGGUUUCAAGCGCAAGUCGCUUCUCUCAAAAAGCCCAACAACCGACUGAGUUUGAUCUACAAUGCCUUCGGUGCUGGGAAGAGUUUUGUGAGGAGCAUCUGUAAGAAUGGAUUCCAGCGCAACGUUUGGCAAGAGGGAGAUUUUGGUCCAGGAAUAUACUUCGUGUCGCAUGCUCCGAUUGAAACGCCACAAUACUGCAACUCAUUUAUGCUGCUACUCUGCGAGGUGGCUGUGGGUAUGAUGAUGGAAACUCCUGCGAGUGCAGGGGCACAGGACUCCUCGGUCUUCAAGGACAUGGACGUUGAGGCGAUCCGGCGAGCUGGUUUUGAUUCCAUCAGAGUGUUUGAUGGAGAGGCAGCGAACUCGCAGGGUUUACAUGUCAUCUACCAUCCGUAUCAAGCCCUGCCGAGGGAGUUGGAGAGGAAAGCCAAGGAAGCAGAUGCGCUUGCAAGGGAGAAGUCGAGCGGCAAGACUGGAGGCAGUGUUGCGGGAAGCUCAGGUUCUUUCGUUCACUUCGAUUCUUGUGUUUACAAGCUAUCACGAGUCACUCAGGACGCUGCUAGAGCUAACGAUGCGGCGAAUCUCCUUGAGAGGCACUUGCGCAACAUCCAGACUGAUGUGAGGAGGGAAAAAGCCAUCGAAGCCCUUCGAGACACAGAAUCUAAAAUAAAUUUCACGAUGAAGGAGUCCAUGGACCUUGUCUCAGAGAUCGAACAAACCUUGACAAGUCAUCUCGCCGAUGACAAGGAGGAAAUCCUCGUCAAGGCAGCAGAAGUUCAGCUACAACUGGAUGAACAAGAGGCUGCGAUGAUAGCAAGCAUAAGAUCGCAGAUCUCCACCAUCAGAGGGAGAUUGCGCGCCGUGGUGCAGCAACGAUCCGAGGGAUUCGAGCACACCAUGAUCCGAGAGAUUAUGACUCUCUAUGAUUCGUCGGAGGAGAUCGUGAAGGCGCAAGCUGAAAUCCACGAGCGAUGCGACGCAGCGAAAUCGUUUGACAAGUCAACAUGCGACGAGAGCUCAAUCCAUGAGGUGAACCUGGACCUGCAUCAGAGGAACGACGAGAUGAAGCGGAAAAUGAAGCUCAUCCGACCCUUCCUCGAACUCAGACACGACUCCCAGCUGGAACUUCAAGUCGACCCGAUCUUUCAGAGCAACUUCUCCUCCCUCCUUGUUCACGCCUUCGCCCUCUCCUCGGACCAGGAUGACAAGCCCAGCCCGCGAACUUCUUGCUUGUCAAAGUCGCAGGACCACUCGACGCCGUCCCGAUCUCCGCCCGUCAGGUUUGACAACAGCGGUCAAAUGUCAGAGAUGGUUGAAGACGUCAAAACUGGGAUGUCAAAGUUGAUGAUCUCGAAAGAGACCAGCUGGAGACCAGCUGGACUCAGCGAGUCUCCGAUCCUGCUAGACAAGUCUGCCUCUUUGAACGGGUCGACGAGCAAGAGCCCCGGUUCUCCUUCUCGUCAGCUCCUCGACCUGCCGCAGGAGAUUUCUCAGCUCGUGAGCUCUCUAAAAACAACGCAAGCAAACAGGAAGGAGAUGUCUGUGUUGCCGGUGACUUUCCAACCUGAUGGAGGAGAAUUCUUUCACACCGUCGAGAUUGAACUUGUUCACAAUUCUUCAGACACGACCAUCUUCUACAGCGUGACUGGCUCGAUGAAGAAUGAUGUCAGCCUGAGGAAGUUGGAAGGAAAUAAGAUCAAGAUUGAGAACAACAUCCCCGGGAAUCUCGACUGUUUCAAAGUGAGCGCUGUUGCUUUCGGGUCAAACUCAAAGACUUCACCCAUCAGCAUGUCACAAGAGUUCAAGUUGUUCAGCAUCCUUCCUUUCCAAUGGGACCUCACGUCCUCUUUAGACUUGUGA